GAACUUUUUGCCCGAGAAUACUCACGAGAGAUUUGUGUUGUCGGGUACAGGUUUGUUUAUUCUAAAGUAGCAGCCUCAAUCUCGUUUUCCUCUUCAUGGCCUUGACCCGUUAUUUUCUUGAUCGGACCAGACCUGUUGUAUUCGAGGUAUCCAAUCUCAUCGGUGACGACGGCCUCUCUUAGGGUUGAAAUUUCUCCUAAUUUAUGCUGGUAACAACAUCGUUGUCAAGGAUACGGAGUCAUUAAACAUGGAUUACACAGACAACGAACUAUGGAUGGUCAUCGUGGGCUUCAUCGUGGCCUUCGUGUUGGCCUUUGGAAUAGGCGCCAACGAUGUGGCCAAUUCCUUUGGGACGUCUGUGGGUGCCAAGGUCCUGACUAUGGUACAGGCCUGUAUACUGGCCAGUAUUUUUGAAGUCUUGGGAGCUGUUUUAUUAGGUUCAAAAGUCUCUGACACAAUACGAAAGGGCAUUAUAGACGUGUCGCCGUACAAUGGGACGGAAGAGGUCCUGAUGGUGGGGAACGUGUCCGCGUUGAUAGGCUCGUGCAUAUGGCUGAUGAUUGCCACAUUUCUCAGGCUUCCUGUAUCCGCCACUCAUAGCAUUGUCGGGGCGACAUUAGGGUUUGCCCUUGUGGCUCAUGGCAGCAAAGGCGUCCAAUGGAGACAGAUUGGCCUGAUCAUUGGUUCCUGGUUUGUGUCACCUGUCCUCUCAGGAAUCAUCUCAUCCGUCUUGUUCAUCAUCAUCCGACACUUCAUUUUAAACAAGGCCAAGACUUUGGAACCUGGCUUGAAAUUUUUACCGAUAUUUUACGCUGUCACACUCACUAUAAAUACCAUUUCCAUUCUCUUUGUCGGAUCAGAGUUAUUAGGUUUCAACAAAAUCCCUGUAUGGGGAAAAUUCGUCAUUAGCUUUGGGGUGGGGAUUGUAACAGCUCUUGUGGUGAGGAUAAUAGCUGUACCAUGGCUACGACGGAAAAUCAAAAGAGAGUGUUUCAGUGAGAGUGUUGAGGUGUUGAACCUGGGUGGGGCAGUUCCCAGCAAGGAAUGUACACCUGAACAUAAACCAGCCUCAGCUGUUGAUCAGAAUAACUCAAAUGUGAAGACAGCAAACCAUGUGGAAUGGUUGAAUGAAUCAGAGAAAACGAAUAUUGAUGGCAAAAUUGUUGAUGGAGUAACACCAGUUGCUGAAAAAGAAGGAAAAGAAAUUGUUGUUACGAAUCACGUAAACAACAACUGUGAAUCUGAGAAUGGGACGGAGGCAGCUAAUGGACACAUCCCUAACGAAGCACAAAAACCUCUGCUGACAGAGCAGAAAGUUGCCGUAUCUGACAGCGCCAUUGUGCUUGACUUGCCAUGCAACGAGGAAAAACUGAACGAUUCUGGAAGUUCCAUGGAAAUAGAAAAUGAAGAGAAAAGGAAGAAAGCUGCACGAGACAGUGUGAAAGAUUCUCCCGAGACGGUCAAGAUCUUCUCCUUUCUGCAAAUUCUCACUGCCAUCUUUGGUUCGUUCGCACAUGGAGGAAAUGAUGUCAGCAAUGCGAUUGGUCCACUGGUGGCACUGUGGAUUAUCUUUCAAGAAGGGAGUGUCCAGCAGAAGGCAGCCACGCCCAUUUGGCUGCUCCUGUACGGAGGAGUCGGCAUUUCGGUGGGUUUGUGGGUGUGGGGCCGCCGUGUUAUCAAGACACUCGGGGAAGAUCUCACUAAAAUCACUCCCAGCAGUGGCUUUUGCAUUGAAAUUGGCUCUGCCUUUACCGUUCUUGUGGCUUCCAAUGUGGGCAUUCCAAUCAGCACCACGCACUGUAAGGUGGGCUCCGUGGUGAUGGUGGGGAGGGUACGAUCUCGAGAAGUCGUCGACUGGAAAUUAUUCCGCAACAUCGUGUUUGCAUGGCUGGUGACAUUGCCUGUAUCAGGGGGGAUAAGUGCUGGCGUCAUGGCCUGUCUCCGUCUGCUACUUUGAGCCAGUCUGCUCCGGUUUGAUGCAGUUGUAAGUGGAUGAAUCCAGUCCAGUGCAGAGCUGGUUGGAGUAGACGCUGAUCUCGUAUAUUCCAGCGCAGACUGGCUAGACCCUGUCAGAACUAGUUUCUGAAUGUUUCAAGAAGACAGCAGAUCUGACUGGGCUUUUACUUCCAGAGAGUCAAAAAGUUCCAUCUUUGUGUUCUGCAGAGAUGAGUAGUGUAACAUGAAUUUACACUGGUAUGUUUCACAAGAAGCAAAAGUGCAAAGAACACAUCAAAUCUCAACAAUUGUAAAAACAUGAUAAGGCUAUUUGCAAAAAAAAAAAAGCGACACUUCAAACCUUUAUGUCUUUACGGUGGUUUGACCCUAUCUUCAUUUUUGCCAUAUAACUCCCCUCACCCCAUGCCACUCCCAGUACAUCUUCACUUGUGGAUGAAGCAAAGCUGUAGUAUACAACUGUACAAGCAGUUUAUACACAUGUACGAAGUUGAGCUGAAACUGGCUGUAGCAGUGAGAGGAUGAACAGUGAAAUCUGGCUGUUGUGUAGUUUGGCUCAGUCCAUAAUGUAGGGUAACCUGUAGAUAAAAUUUAAGUCAAACAUGUUUGUCAUAAUGUGUGUCUGUAACUUGGCUGUCAUAAUGUAUGAAACAAGACAGUUAUAAUGUGUGGCUGAAACAAGGCUGUCAUAAUGUGUGGCUGAAAUGAAGCUCUUGUAAUGUGUGGCUGUAACUUGGCUGUCAUAAUGUAUGAAACAAGACAGUUAUAAUGUGUGGCUGAAACAAGGCUGUCAUAAUGUGUGGCUGAAAUGAAGCUCUUGUAAUGUGUGGCUGUAACUUGGCUGUCAUAAUGUAUGAAACAAGACAGUUAUAAUGUGUGGCUGAAACAAGGCUGCCAUAAUGUGUGGCUGAAAUGAAGCUCUUGUAAUGUGUGGCUGUAACUU